UUGUUUACAAAGGACGUUAUCAUAUCAAACACAGAAUGCUACUCGUUCGCUCUCUGCAACCGUACGACCGUCUUCCAGACGGCGAAGAAUUUGUGUAUGACGCAUUCGUCGCUCACCACGUGGACAAUAGAGUCUGGGUUAUAAACCAUCUACUACCCUUCCUCGAGAAACAGAGGAAGCUGCGUCUUUGCCUCCACGAGAGGGAUUUCCUUCCAGGUAAUUUCAUUGCCGACAACAUUGUUAACAAUAUGAAGGUGAGCCGAAAAGUGAUAUUGGUUUUCUCUGAAGACUUUGCGGACAGUGAGUGGUGCCUAUUCGAGGCAACGACCGCCUACAACAGGAUACUAGCGGAGGGAGCAUCCUCUGUUGUUAUCAUAAUGCUGGAGGACAUUAGACACCGACCCGUCGAUAAUACCAUUCGGAACCUUCUCCACGCCGUCGCCUAUAUAGAGUGGGGAAGCGAGAGGAGUGAUCGCCCAGUAUUCUUUCGGAAACUUCUCGAUGCCCUCCAGUGAUGGACUCGUAUUUCUUGCACACCAGUUGGGCUUUCAGCUCAUAAUAAUGGACUUGAACAUUUAAGAGUGGGUUAUACUUUUCGGAAUUUGUAUUUUAUAUUACGAAGUUCACUGAAUAGAAUGUCAGCUUGGAUGCAGAGAGUCAUAUUGUUUCAUCCUUUUACUAAUACUGCAAAACUAGUUCUGGCCAAAUUCAUCAUUAUGUAUGCAAGAAACUAAAAUCAAAGUCCUAUGUGUACCUGUAACUACCAAACACUUCCUCCUCUAAUGUCUAAACUACCAACAAUUAAGAAUACACUGUUUUCGACGCCUUACUCUCGACUAUAUUCAUUUUUGUUACCAUACUACUAUAUGGUAGUCCUGACAUGCCAAUUCAAUAUAAUGAGUAUAUUUUGACUGCGUCCAACAGUAUAUCUGUUAUUCAAGAAUAUUUUGAAACUUUGUGUUCUACUGUUAUUGUAUGCUUUAAUGUUAUAUUCAGCGUAGAGCCUUUUUGAAAAUGUAUUCAACUUGUACAGUUCCAUGGUGUUACCAUAUUAUAUCCCAAUAAGUCUUCCCUUCAUAAAUAAACUUUUGGUUUUAUUUGCUACUUUUAGCAAACUCUUUUAUUCAAACUCCUCUGCUCCCCUCGCCUUUAUUUCUUUAAUUAAUAAUGUAUCAACAGUCAUUGUAGUCCUAUCGCUAAAUGUACUGAAUGAAUGUUAGAAGACGGACGUAUACAUAAGUAGCAUGUGUUUGUUUUCGAAUCCUUGUAUUAUGUAUAUUAUGUGCAUUUAUCUAAUAUAUUAACAAUACAAUUUAAUUUCAACUUAAUUACGGAUCCUAACAAUUAUCAAAAGGUUGAUCGGUUUUGAUAGCCUAUCAGUCUUACCAGGUGCUUUUUGGAAAUGUGGAAAUAUUAUUUAUAUUAUGGUUAUUUGCAAAACCGACAAACAUAGUCAAGACUUUUUUUAAAUGUUUAUUUGCUGCUUGAUUCCGAUCGCAACGUGAGCUUAAUUACUGUCAAUAAACUUUAAACAUUACAUCCCCUUGUUACAAAGAAUCAGUUUUUUUAACUUUAUCUUAUUUGCACGUAUUUUUAUUUUUUUUUGCAUUUUUUUCAUUAUGUUUAUGUACUUAAGGACAGGAAACUUUUUUUCAUAUUUCGAAAAUAUUAGAACGGGAAUCAUUGGGUUGUCCCCGACAAAAUGUGAUAUAACCAGGUUCUAGGUAGUGACCAGAUUUCCAAUUAAUUAACAGAUGUCUGGUGUCUCUAUUUGAGAUUUAUUCAGCUUUUCUUUCAACAGUAUUGUUGGUAUGUACAUAUACCUAUAUACAUACAUUAAGUAUGAAAUAUUAACAAAUAAAUAAAAAUCACUUUUUUAUAAAUCUGAUGUUUUUUAUUGUAAUGUAUUUAAUAUUUGUGAUGUAUGUCUUCUAUUAUCUUUUUUAGGUAUAUUUACAUUUGUUUAUAUUUAUCUGUCUGUAAAAUAUUGUUUUCGCCCGUUAUCACUUUUACCUCUCUAUAGUACGUGUUGCUCUCGUUUGGGGUAUACCCUUAUUUAUCAAUUACGGACUUGCUGAGGUGAAUUUGUUGUUAUUUGAUCCUGAAAAAGUGAUAUUAACCGAGACGAAGUCGAGGUCCAAUAUAACUUUUCCGGCCCGUUAAACCACAUAUUUAACUAUAUCCGUAAUUGAUAAAUAGGGAUGUUUUAAUAGGUGCUUAAUCAUGUUUUAAGUAUAAUAGAACUAUGCAAAUUCUACGAAAGAAAGUGCAGCAUUUGGCAGAAAGCAUUGAGACAUUAAAAUAAAAGUGACGUUAUGAAUUGAAUAAGGACCUGCUAUUUCUUAAACUAGUAACAUCAAAUCAAUAUCAGAAAAUAACCGACCUCUACGUAAUCAUGAUCCAGCUUUCUCAGUCUGGCGGUGGCCCCCUAAGCACUCGUCCUUGUAUGACCUGGGCUGUUGCAAGGACGUUAAACCCAAAACAAACAAACAAACCGAUAGCACUGAUCUGCUAGCAAGAUAGUCACUUUUCUCAUACUGUAUCUCUUUCUACAUUUCCCGUUAGUGUUGCUAGGAGUUCAUUCUAGACCAGGGACGCUGUAGGGAGACACUUGAAUACAUAGGUAAACAUCAUUGAUGUAGCUACUCAACCAUUGUUAGGUCAUAGGGUGGGCAUGGUUUUGUAAAAUAUUUAUAUUUGUGUGUGAUAUAUACACAUCUGCGGGAGCGAUAAACACGUAUGACCUGUAUUAAAUAUAAUAAGACGAUUGUUUUGUUUUCUUAUACGCAACACUUAUAUAUAUAUAUAUGACUGAACCUCGGAUCAAACUCAACCGAACCUAGCUUAAACUCAUAGUAUAAUCUUACCGUAGUGACCUAUUACAGAAAUAUUUAAGAGCGACAUUUUUACCCAGUACUUAUCCCCGUCCGAUUGCAAUGUGAAAUGUUAGACAGUUCUACUGUUUUCCCCCUACAUACAGAAACUUCCCCUUCAUUGCGUUUUCAAUAUAACUAAAGCGCGAGUGGGCCAGAGUACUAUCGUUGACACAGUAAUUACAUUGGUAGGAGUGCCUCUGAAUUCAUUUUGAUCUAGUGUAGAACCUGUACAUCAUGUUUAAAAUGUACACAGUCACGAUUAAGAUUUUAUGUACACUUAUACAGCAUUUCAUCAAUAUACAGUGGAUAUUCGUUAUUUGAUUACUAAGUGUGGGGUAUUUGUCGGGGUUGUCUUCCCUGCGUAAGGAAACGGUUGCAUGAACCAGGAAGUGUAAUUUGACCAAAAAUUAAAUAACGAGGUUUUACCUUGCGAUAUUCAUUUGUGUAUACGUGACAGAUAGGCGAAUACCCGGUGAACACGUCUUGGAUACAUUUCAAGCAAACUUUCAAAACAAGACCCUGCCAUCGAUACCUUUGGUGAGCGGCAAAAGAUCCAAACGUCGAUGAUGAGUUUCCAGACAUUUGUAACGUUUACGGUAAUUAUUUUGUCUGCUGAUGCAUUGCUCGUCAAACAAACCGCACAGGAACAUGUGUGUUUUCCGUGUGAUUGCUUAAAUGUCACUGCAGAUUGUAGCAACCGGAACAUAACGAAAGUCCCGGUCUUGCGCAGCAACAUUACAAAAAUCGUUCUUUCCCAAAACAACUUGACUACAGUUACUAGAAAUCUAUUUGAGAAGGUUAAAACGCUUAAUAUUACAACGAUAAUGCUUGAUAACUGUAAAGUAAUGAAUAUCUCAAACGACGCAUUUCUGGAUUUCCAACGGUUAAAACACUUAAAUAUGAAUGGAAAUCAGAAGCACCCUUUUAUGGACUUAUCUCGAGCGUUGGUGAAUAUAAACCUUACCCAUUUAAACCUGGACAAUGCGGGGAUUAGAAACAAGCUUGACUACGUGUUCAUGCCUUUCACACACGUUAGUAGUCUCAGUCUCCGAGGAAAUAUGAUCGAAAACUUUAAUGCUACUUUAUUUUCAAACGGAUUUCCUUCUCUUAAUAUUCUCGACCUAGCAAACAAUAACUUACAAGCUUUUCCGUUCACAGCCAAUUUGAAUCAAAUCGAGAUCUUAAAUUUGGCAGAAAACAAAAUAGAGUCGACAAAUCUCCAUUUCUGUGCAAACGAAUCUGGUUCUUCAAAAGGGCUACGUGUUUUGGAUCUCUCCUGGAACUUCCUGUCUAACAUUUCAGUUUUCAAUUCGGAAGGGCAUUGUCUUUUGAGUCUGCAGAGCUUAAUUUUAAGCAAUAACAAUCAUAUCUUUAAAAUUCCUGAUAACGUGUUCUCUCGGCUCCCCCGAAUCAACACAAUAUACCUUAAGUAUGUCAGCAGUAGAAUCGAUAUUGAGCCGCUCGCCUUUAACGCAUCAACAUUGCUGGAACUCCGUCUUACCACUAGUGAACAGCUUAUUCUACGGCCGAAACAUGUCAACAUGUUCAAGCAGUGCCCAAAUUUACGUACGCUACAUUUCACAAAUGUUGUUUUCCAAAACAUAUCCGAUAAUCUUACAGAUAUGUUUUCGCAUUUAGUCGAUAUGAAGGAUUUUUCAAUUAGAUAUGGAAUUGUCUGGGAUAUUUCCUUUCUAUCAACAAUGGAUAAUUUGACAAUGCUUGAUUUGUUUGGUAAUUAUAUAAAAGGAUGGAAUCCCGAAAUUUUCAAGAGACAACAAUUGGAAAAAUUAAAUCUCACUCGAAACCAAAUUGCCGUGUUUGAACAAAACUCAUUUCCUCAGCAUAUCUGGGAUAAUUUGAAAUACUUUACCGCUACAAGUAAUCCACUCGAAUGCACGUGCAAUUUGUUAUGGUUUAAGAGUUGGCUAAAAGACAACAUAAACAAACUUUCUAAUAAAUAUCAAAUGUAUGUGUGUUUAUCCCCCGACAAAUGGAAGACAAAGACUGUUGCCAAAUUUGAACCGGAAAAAUAUGAAUGUCAAUCUGCUGUGGGCUCGCUAGUUGUGAUAGGGAUCGGGUUAGGCUGUUUAGCAGGUGUGUUCCUGCUGAUAGCUUUUAUUGUUUACAAAGGACGUUAUCAUAUCAAACACAGAAUGCUACUCGUCCGCUCUCUGCAACCGUACGACCGUCUUCCAGACGGCGAAGACUUUGUGUAUGACGCAUUCGUCGCUCACCACGUGGACAAUAGACUCUGGGUCAUAAACCAUCUUCUGCCCUUCCUCGAGCAACAGAGGAAGCUGCGUCUUUGUAUCCACGAAAGGGAUUUCCUUCCAGGGAAUUUUAUUGCCGACAACAUCGUUAAAAAUAUUAAGGUGAGCCGGAAAGUGAUAUUGCUUUUCUCUGUAGACUUUGUCAACAGUGAAUGGUGCCUCUUCGAGGCAACGACCGCCUACAACAGGAUAAUAGCGGAGGGAGCAUCCUCUGUUGUUAUCAUAAUGCUUGAGGACAUUAGACACCGGCCCGUCGAUAAUACCAUUCGGAACCUCCUCCUCGCCAUCACCUAUAUAGAGUGGGAAAAUGAUAGGAAUGGUCGCCCGGAAUUCUUUCGGAAACUUCUCGAUGCCCUCCAGUGAUGGACUCGUUUUUCUUAUAAAACAUUUGUACUUGGAAUAAAAAUAGGACAAUUUCCUAUCUUAAAUAACUCUGAAGGACUUUCGUCUCGGUUAAUAUAUCCUCUUGUCUUGUUCAUGUUACCACAUACUCACCUCAACAAAACAAAAGUUGUGGUGGAAAUCAAUCUUCACGCCAAGAGAGACAACUCUGAUUAUGAUGCUAGGACGACAUUUCCAUUAUAACUAUUUUUGCGGAUAAUUCAAAUAUCCGGUUUUAUUUGUUUUGAAACCUCACGUUUUUCUUUGCUAAAGAUAAGACACAUUAAAUCACUGAUACUGAUAUUUAACAAAAGGUUGACCGGUUUCGAUAAGGUAUCAUUUCUUCCACGUUCUUUUUCGAAAAUGAAGUAAAAUUUACAUUUUGGUAUUUGGUAUAACCGACCUACAUAAGUAAGAAAUAUAAAACAAAUGUUAAUUUCAUAAUCAAUUUUGAUUGAAAAUUGAGCUUUCAUAUUAGCAUCAAUGCACCUGAGAUUUCCAAACUUCUGAAUAUAACUUACCCUUGUGACCAAGAAGUACUAUUGUAAUUUUUAUCUUAUUUGCACUUGAUUUUUUUCUUAUUUUAUUGAUGAACUUCGACAGAAAACAUUAUUACCUUCCAAAAGGAAAGUAAUGGGCUCCCCCCGAAAAAACCUAAGUAAGAGUUUUUUAAAAAGAUGUUCAAGGAGAGCGUUAUUAAACAAGCCGUGUCAUGAAAAUGGACUAUCUUCUUGAGGUACCGGGUUCGAAUCUUAAAAGUGACAUUUUGAUUGUCUUUAAUUUAUGUCCAAGAUAAAAGCGCUUCUUCGGAGAGUUCGUGUAUGCAAUGUCGAACUACAGCGACCUGCAAAAGUUCAACUUCUCAACCUUCUCCAAAAACCGUAAGAAUGUUUCUUGUUCUAAGUAGUAACCAUUUUCCAAUUAAUAAACAGAUGUCGGUUAUAUCUAUAUUAGAUUAACUUAGACUUAGUUUAUUAUUAUUAGUUUGUUUGUUAGUCUUUUGCGGUUAUUUUUUUAUCCAUUUAUGUAAUAAUUACAUUUGUAUACAGUGCGUAUAUUUCCAUACUCUGCUAGAAGUGUAUUUUAUCAUUAAAUUAGCAGAAUCAACUUCUUGCCAUAUUGAACACGUGCAGGUUUUCCUGCGCGUUUGACGUUUCGCGCGUGCGGGUAUACUAGUUGUGUGUAACUAUUUGUCACUUUGUGUCUGAAAACACGAAUUGAAACUUUAGCAAACGAUGUCAGUGCAACUGGUAUUAUAUGAGCUGUCGUGUUGGCUUUACAUUGUGUUAUUUUUGUGACUGAACAGUGAUGAAUCUAAAACCCAUGCCCCAAUAGUCUGAAAGAUAAUUGUAUAUUAGUUACUGGUAAUUCACACCGAAUACAAAUCACUUCCCCGUCCAGGUAAACCCUGCCCAUACCUGUCGUCAAUGAGACUGUCCCAUAUGAAUACAAAGGUUAAUGCGGUAGGUUAUAUAUUUUUUAUCGUUUAAGUGGUGUUCAUGUGUUACCGGAAGUGUUACAGUUUAAACAAUAUUUUUGAGGAAAUAAAUGACAUGAACUGAUUGUCACAAACUUGAAAUUGAUAACAAUAUGAGUGGUGUUAUAGGAAGAUCCUUUAUUUCAACAAAUAUCGGGGAAAUCUUAAAAUGUACUUUUCUUGAAAUUGCGUAUAUAAUUUUUGUUCUUGCACGUAUAUUUUCUAUUCAUCACUACUCAAUUUCUUGACAUGUGAAGGCUAAACUCACAGGGGCCUGUGAGUGUGUUGCAGCUGUAAUUGGACCUGGGCUGUGGUGUUCGGAGUGGGUCCGGGUGAGGCUGUGACUGUUUCUCGGGUCCCUGUGAUAUGACGUACCGUGUUACCGGUUCAAUAUUGGUUGAUGUGUGACUGAGCGCCGGUGCUAGAGACUAUGUAUUCCCGAUUUGUCUAUAUAUAUAUAUAUAUCACUUCCAUGUACAUGUAUAUAUAUUGUCAUGUCGUGUUGACCUUUUUUUAUAUAUUUACCUCCUAAGAAAUUACGUCCAAUUUAGUCAAAUAUAAAUUAUCUACAGAAUUUGGUUUGUACAGUAAAUGUUAACUAAAUGAUCAGAAUUCUGGUUCGAAUGCUGCUAAUAUGUAUUUGUUAUUGAUUAUGUACUUCGGAUUCUUCCUAAAACCGUUGCCACACGCAUACAUGAAAUGCAGGGUUACAUGUACGCAUGUGUCGAUACGUACACCCGUUCCGUGGACCUGCCUCUACCUAUGUAUAAUGGGAUCGACCCAUACCGUAUGCGUAAAAAAUGCUCCACACAAAGGUAAACACGACUGGUCAAAUCGCCCAUUUGGUGCACUGCAGGUACUGGCCUCGUCUGUCAAUACACCCAUAAUUUAGUGUGUGUUGGGAGACGAGGCUAGUACCUGAGGGCGCACUGAUACAUUCAGGUUCUCGUGUGCAUACUCAAGCUGUUUUUUUAAUAGUUGUUUAUUUGUUAGUUAUGCAAUUCCUAAAAAUAGUUUAAAGUGUAUGUAAUGUACCUGUAAUAUAACAAUUAUUUUUCCUUAAUGAUGCUACAUCUACACUCAUAUAGUUAAUAUAGCCUUUACUAUCUCAU